AUGCAUCGUUUUGCUGUCAACAAGAAGAUUGUUUACUGUUCUACUGUCACCACUGAGACUAAUACGGAUGUGCUCAUUGUUCACAGUGUUAUAUUUAUCAUUUUAGUGGUAGCUGUAUUUAUUUACGGACUUACGUUGCUCAUGAAUAAAAAAUCGAAGAAAAGACUAACUCAAAAUGUUAGCGAAAAAUAUCAAGCAAGAGAGAAUCUUCGAGCCCUGGAAAUUCUGGCUCCGUUGCUAGUUUUUCACUUUAUCGGCUAUUUGAGCUAUUUUGCAAUAAGCAUAGUAAUUCAAUCCCUGAAGCCUAUCGUUGGUGAAUUACCCUUUCGUGUCAUAUAUUCAGCAACAUAUUUCAUCUCGUACUACUGUGUAAUAUCUCCUUUGCUGCUACUGCAUAUAAUGAAAAAGAAGAAAGCAGAGAGCGAAAAGACUGUCUUUAACUGCACUGGUAAUGCUCAACAAAACAAGGAUGCCUACUUCCAAAGUUAUAAUCAAAUGUGGCGAUAA